CUAUGAGAUAAAUUUUACUGCAAAUAUUUAAUUUUACUAAGUAUAAAAAGUAAUACCAUGACAGAGAAAGACAUUGUUGACACCGAAACAUCAACACUUCAAGAAAAUAUGAAGUAUGAAGAUGAUCACAAUGGUGGUAGAAAAAAACCAGACACGUUAUUUCUGUAUUUUGCAGUUGUAACUGGUAUUUUAACAUGGCUUUCAGGAGGCUCAUCAGUUGUUUGGCCAUCCCCUGCUAUAGUAAAACUAAAAUCAAAUGUCACAGGUGAAAAUCCCCUGGGCAGACCUAUUACCACUCUUGAAAUAUCGAUGUUGCUUGGAACCCAGAGCGCAGUCUCAUUACUUGGUUCUGCUUUAUUACCAAAACUGGCGGACAUAUUAGGAAGGAAGCGCUGUAUACAUUUAAUAGGUUCAGGAAUGUUCCUUAGUAUGUCAGCAUUGGCGUUUAGUAACAAUAUAAACCAAUUCAUCAUUUUCUUUACACUCACUGCCAGUUUUUUUGCUGGAAUUAUGGGUGUUUUACCAAUGUACAUUACUGAAAUAUGCGAAGAUCAUAAUAGGGCUAAAUAUGGUUGUCUUAUGGCCGUUUGUCUACCUUUAGGUCAACUGUACACAUUUUUAAUUGGACCUUUAUUAAGUAUUCAAUGGUACACACUUCUAUUAGCAGCACCUUUAAUUCCCUUUAUGGUGCUGUUCUCUCUUGUACCUGAGAGUCCAGUGUUUUUAUUAAAAAAUGAAAAGGAAAAAGAAUGCAUACUUGCUAUAAGAAAACUAAGAAACAAUAAAACUGAUGAAGAAUUAGAAAAUGAUUUCCUUAGUAUUAAUUCGAGAUUAAACGCAAAUGUUCAACAGGGAAACACAUUUACUAAGCUAUUUAAAACCAAGGAGGGCAGACUUGGUGUAUUGUUGACUUUAAUUCCAAUGUGUACACAAUUUUUAUCAGGGAUAUCAGUCAUACUACCUCUCUUAGCUCCUAUUUUUAAUGAAUCUGGAUCAAAUAUUAUAAAAAGUAAUACCAUGACAGAGAAAGACAUUGUUGACACCGAAACAUCUACACUUCAAGAAAAUAUGAAGUAUGAAGAUGAUCACAAUGGUGGUAGAAAAAAACCAGACACGUUAUUUCUGUAUUUUGCAGUUGUAACUGCUACAAUACUGAUGUUAGUAAAUUCUGCAUUAUCCGUCUGGACUUCUCCAGCUAUUGUCAAAAUGCAAUCAAAUAACCCAGAUGAAAAUAUUUUGGGCAGACCAAUAACGACCUGGGAAACUUCUAUUUUACUAGGUGUACCAGGAUUAGUUUCAUUAGCAGGAUCAACGUUUUUACCGAAAUUGUCUGAUAUACUAGGAAGAAAAAAAAGCUUGCAACUGAUGGGUUUAGGAAUAUUCCUUAGUACAAUCGGUUUAGCUUUUUGUAAUACAAUAAACCUCAUGACAAUAUUGAGUUGUUUUAUCCAAAUAUUUUGCGCAGGUGUAAUAGGUAUUUUACCCAUUUAUUUAACAGAAAUAUGCGAAGAUCAUAAUAGAGCUAAGCACGGAUGUUUAAUGACAGUAUUUUCACCAAUAGGUCAAGUAUACGCACUUAGUCUUGGACCACUAUUUAAUCUAAGAGUUUUUACACUGUUAUUAUCAGCACCUAUGGUUCCUUUCCUAAUACUAUUCUUUUUUGCUCCUGAAAGUCCAGUUCACUUACUAUCGAAAGGCAUGGAAAAAGAAUGUAUAGCAAGUUUAAAAAAAUUAAGAAAAAACAAAACAAAAAAAGAAAUUGAAAAUGAGUUUUAUAAUAUAAACACAAGUAUAAAGGAAAGUGAAGAGAGCAAAUUUAGUUUUAUUCAACUUUUUGGGACGAAAGAAGGAAGAGUAGGUUUGAUGCUAGCGUUUGUUCUCAUACUUUCUCAAAACCUGUGCGGUGUCCAAAUUAUUUUUCCUUUAUUGGGUCCUAUAUUUAACGAUUCAGGAUCUAAACUAUCUGGUGACGUUAUUGCUGUUAUAGCAGCAGUAGUUAAGCUAAUCACAUUUACUAUUACGACUUUUGUUAUAGAAACGACUGGAAGAAAACCCAUGCUUAUAAUAUCUUCAAUUGGAGCAGGAGUAUCGUCGACUACUUUGGGAAUAUUCUUUUAUUUAAAAUACAUUCAAUCACCGUUUGUUGAAUCAUUUCACUGGGGACCAUUAUUAAGUGUUUCAGCAUUUAUUAUUAGUUAUUCUAUAGGACUGGGACCCAUUCCUAUGGCUAUAGUUUGUGAACUUUUUCCAUCUGAUCUAAGAUCUACUGCUUUAGCUAUUAUCUCGACAGUUAGUGCUCUUGUAGUAACAGGGUACACAACUUUCUACCCUGUUUUAGCCGAAUUAAUUCACACACAUUGGUGUAUGUGGAUAUUUGGACUGUCUUGCUUUGUAGGAACUUUAUUAAUCUCCACAAUGUUGCCAGAAGUCAGAGGAAAAAGUGUUGUUGAAAUUCAGGAAAUUUUAAGAAAGUACACGUUUUGUAUGAAAUAG